CACCACCGGCCUUCCUCAGACGAGGAUCAUCGAAAAGUGCUUUAGAUCUUAACACCUAUUUCGAAAUAUCGAUCACGAGUUAAACAAGUACACGUGUCACUUCUACUUUUCGGUUCUCCAUUUUUUUACCGCUUCUCCAGCAGCAGCUUUUCCCGCGAAGGCGCGUUUUUAUUCAAAAAUAAAUAAAAAAACGCGCGAACAGUUCGGGAAGUUUGAUCCGGUUGGCGGGACUUAUUUUUUUGAACGUUUGUUCAAAAUUUUCGGGAAGAGUAAUUAAAUAAAAAAAAGGAGGCAAAAUGUUGGCGGCGGCGGCGAACGCGCGUUGCCAUGAGUUGCACUUCACGGUUCUGCCCCCGGCGGUGAAUAACAGAAUAUCUCGGUGCCUUUUCGGUUCUCCAAACCCCACGGAUACCGCCAAUCUUCUCAAAGAUGCCCUGGAAGUGGAGCGAACGAGAUUUCAAUCCAGGUGGGGCGUGAAUCCAACAUCCGAAAAUGAUAAGGAAAAUAUGCUCACCAGGUACGAGAAGGUCGAGAGGUCACCAAGAAAAAGGAGCUUCCCCUACUUCAGACAAUCCAAUAUGCAUGAAUAUUGGAGACCUCGCAAGGCCCAUGAGAUGCACAAAAAAUCGAAUAACAUUUUGGAGGCGACGCACUAUAAUCAGCAAAAUCCGGAUAAGAAGCCGCAACCAAUAAACUAAAGAAUAAUGCAUUCGAGUAUAAGAGAACUUAUGAUCGACUGAUAUUUCUCGAAGUAUUUCGCGAUUUGUGUUACGUUCGAAAAAAAAGCUUGUAUAUUUA